UACUCCCCCUUCCCCCCCACACCAGACCUUCUCUGGCUCCCUGACCUCACUGAGAUUGCAGCCGGUUUGGAGACCUGGGGGAGACAUGGAGAAAGACGGGGAUCCCCUGACUGGAGAUGACUAACAGAAUAGGCAGUCAUGGCUGGAGAACUGGAUAUCAGAGUAAUGUGUGACCUCUGGAAACAUCACUUACAGGUCGGCGGGUCAAAAUUCACUAGGUAGGAGGGCCAUCAGCUGGAAAGAACUGGAGCCCGGGGGAACCUGGCUGGAUAGGUAUGGGGGAGCCAGGCCAGUCCCCUAGUCCGCGGUUCCCCCAUGGCAGUCCCCCAACUCUAGGCGCUCUCACUCUCCUGCUGCUGCUCUGUGGACAUGCUAAUUCUCAAUGCAAGAUCCUCCGCUGCAACGCUGAGUAUGUAUCGUCCACCCUGAGCCUCAGAGGUGGGAGCUCCCCAGGAGCGCUGGGAGGAGAAGGAGGCGGCGGCGGCCGGGGGGCAGGGAUGGGCUCGGGCGGCCUGUGUCGAGCCCUCCGCUCCUACGCGCUCUGCACUCGGCGCACGGCGCGCACCUGCCGCGGGGACCUCGCCUUCCACUCGGCAGUGCACGGCAUCGAAGACCUGAUGAUCCAGCACAGCUGCUCCCGCCAGGGCCCCACGGCGCCGCCCCCGCCCCGGGGCCCUGCCCUUCCAGGCAGCGGCCCGGUCCGCUCCUCCGGGCCCCCCGCCCCGGACCCCUGUGACUAUGAAGGCCGGUUCUCCCGGCUGCACGGUCGCCCCCCGGGCUUCUUGCAUUGCGCCUCCUUCGGGGACCCCCAUGUGCGCAGCUUCCAUCACCACUUUCACACCUGCCGUGUCCAAGGAGCUUGGCCCCUGCUGGAUAAUGACUUCCUUUUUGUCCAGGCCACCAGCUCCCCCGUGGCGUCGGGGGCCAACGCCACCACCACCCGGAAGCUCACCAUCAUAUUUAAGAAUAUGCAGGAAUGCAUCGAUCAGAAGGUCUACCAGGCAGAGGUGGACAAUCUUCCUGCAGCCUUUGAAGAUGGUUCUGUCAAUGGAGGUGCCCGCCCUGGGGGCUCGAGCUUGUCCAUUCGAACUGCUAACCCCGGGAGCCACGUGGAGAUCCGCGCUGCCUAUAUUGGCACAACCAUAAUCGUUCGGCAGACAGCUGGGCAGCUCUCCUUCUCCAUCAAGGUAGCGGAGGAUGUGGCCAGGGCCUUCUCGGCUGAGCAGGACCUGCAGCUCUGUGUUGGGGGGUGCCCCCCAAGCCAGCGACUCUCUCGCUCAGAGCGCAAUCGUCGGGGAGCUAUAACGGUUGACACUGCCAGACAGCUGUGCAAGGAAGGGCUGCCAGUCGAAGACGCUUACUUUCAUUCCUGUGUCUUUGAUGUUUUAAUCUCUGGUGACCCCAACUUUACGGUGGCAGCACAGGCAGCUCUGGGGGAUGCCCGAGCCUUCCUGCCAGACUUAGAAAACCUGCAUCUCUUCCCCUCAGAUGCCGGGGUUCCUCUUUCCUCAGCGACCCUCCCAGCCCCACUCCUUUCUGGGCUCUUUGUUCUGUGGCUUUGCAUUCAAUAAUUAGGCCAAGCCCAUUUGGAAAUGAUUUGGGGGCAGAGAUUGGCAGGGAAGAACAUAAAGAAUCACUGAAGGAAUCAGUAGGGACUAGGAGACACAUGAAACAAUGACAUGUUUCCAGAGUCAGGUAAGGCUGCAGUCCAGGGUGAAAUGAUCACAGAAUAAGGAUUCUGGAGAAGGUUUCUGCAUUCCAGACCUCUGUAGGGAUUCUCCACCACUUUCCCCAGGCCCCUUUAUAAUAAGCAAAUUGUUCCAGUCCAUCUACUCCUGAGCGCACCCCUAGAAGCUUAGAGGUUAUGGGGGUCCCCUGAUGAUCAGCAGAAAACUGAAGGAUGGAGACUUUUAAGGGGAAAGAACUGAAAGAGGAAGACACGACUGUUACCUGUAAGAAACUCAAUCUAAUGAGAUUUUUCUCUUGGAAGGCGGAAAGAGGAGGAAAUGAUUCUGGAAAAGAGUCUAUUUGAUGAAUAUAUGUGGGUAAGAUGUGGUCUGCUCUCUCACGUCAGAAAUGCAGUGGGGAUUAUCCAGGUCUUAGGUGGAGGGACUCUCUCUGCCUUUGGAGAAUGGUACAGACAGGAAAGAAACUACCAUCCCCAGCCCUAACUAAUCUGUUAUUAAAACUAUGAAUUCUUCA